UUGGGCUUCCUGUUUUAACGUUGCAAACAUGGCGGACGAAGAUGGACAAAAACUUGGUACCCUUUUUGACCGUGAAAUAGAAGGAGAAUACGGCACUCUUGUCAUAAAACAGGCGGAGGUCGGUGAUGUUGGAUGCGUGGUAUGGGAUGCUGCCAUUGUUUUAGAGAAAUAUUUAGAAACUGAAGGAUUUCAAAGUAAAUAUACUUUGAAAGGKAGRCGAGYAAUUGAACUUGGUGCAGGAACCGGCUUAGUUGGUCUUGUUGCAGCAGUUCUAGGUGCAGACGUUAUUUGUACAGACCUUCCUGAGAUUGUCCCUCUGAUCCAACUCAAUAAAACUACAAACAAGCAUUUGAUAAGUGGUUCCUUUGAUGUCAUGACCCUAAAAUGGGGUGAUGACAUCUCCAGUCUGUGCCCUCCAUUGGACUUUGUUUUAAUAGCUGACUGUAUAUAUUAUGAACAGGUAAAUGAAUAA